UAUUGUGUGGGGAGAGUCUGUUUCUGACUCAUUGCACUGUGGCUGUGUUAUUAGUGUAAAUGGGUGAUUUUAAAUGUCCAAGUGUUCAUGUUAUGAUUUGUCAUGUUGUCAUGAUAUUAAGGUCAGGAACAGGCCAGUUAGCAAACCUGGUGUUUUAUUGUGGUGUUUUGUGGUAUUUCUGAACAGCACCAGACCUCACUGUGUGUUGUAUCCUCAUGAAGACAACACAGAGGGUUAAUGCCUCACAGUUUCAGGGCCCAGGUUCGAUUCUGGUUGGGGUGGCUGUCUGUGUGGAGUUUGCAUGCUCUCCUCAUGUUUGCCAGGUGUGCAGGUGGAGGUUUCUGGGGCAGAGGGUCCCAGGGUGACCUGCACUGAUUACGCCCGUCAUCUGCAACAGGACCUGGUGAGAGCAGAGUGUAAAAACCUGGCUGUGAACCUGUGCUUGUUCUGAGGUCAUGGUUUGGCUUUACAGGAUGAACUUUCUUUGCCAGUGGAAAUAACAGAGCAAACUUUGCUUUAGAGUCAUUGCGGUAUGGAAGGAAAUGCUAUUACAUUGGAAGAGUGUAUGAGUGAAAAUACAAUCAACGAGGCGGACACAGGCCUGGUGUGGUGUUGCCCCCCGCGGACCCACGGCCACCAGCCUGCAAAAGUACCGGCUUCAACCACAUGGCUGGGGAGCUUGUUCCACACUCCCGCCACCCUCUGUGUAAAGACGUGGCUGCUCUCAGCUGCGAAUAAGCACGUGCCACGAGCUGAGGCUAGCCCGUAGACAGGUUGAGGACCAGCGGUGAGCUGAUGGUGACGAUGACAACCCGCUCUCUGGCCAGUUAAGCGGUGCGAUGCCCCUCGGCUUCCGGGAGGGGCCCCUGGCUGCGCAGGCCGCCCAGUGCUCGCGGGGGACGGGACAGCGGUCCUCUGUUUCCGGGCCGUGCGCGGCUCUUAUUCUGACGCGGGCGGAGCGAGCGGUUCUGUUGUCCCGAAAUGAUCAUCCCGACUCGGGGGGAGAAGCGGGGCUGUGCUUCGACAAGAUCCGGCCGGGCAUCGCCGUCUCACCGGGGACACGCAGCGCCCCGACCCUCCCCGUCACUCGUCGCUGUCCCGCGUCCGUCGCCUUCCCCUCCGAAACUUCAAACGCGCACGACAGCGGGAGCGCCGCACUACACACAGCCCCGGGAUCGAGCGCACGGCGGCGCAAGGAGACGGGAAUAAAUAAAUAAAAGAAAAAUGGAAACAAGGCUGCGUUUUUAAAAAAAGAGCUGUCACGGUAGCCACCAACAAUAACAUAAAAUAAAAAACAAACAGCUGAAAGGGAAUCUGGGGCGCGUCUUCGGUGCCAGCCUGUCCCGGACUCUCACAGCACUGCAAGGCGAGAGACUGCGAAGCAGGAAGAGGGGCUCGCCUGUGCUGUGUGUCAGCCAGGCGGUGACUUCAGUGAUCUGCGUGAGUGUGUGUGUGUGCGUGUGUCUGCGUGCGGGGUGGCCGCGAUGGACUCCUCUCUCCGCGCUCGGCUCCCGUAGAGGAGCCAUGACAAGCUGCCUUCGCCGCUGGGACUCGUCUUCCUCCCCAAACAGCGAGCGCCAGCGCCGGCCGCCCGGCACCGCCUUCCCCUGCGCGAUCCGCCCGGCCCGAGCGGCGGGGCGCUGGGCGUGAGAGCCGGCCGGUGCCGCCGCCACAGCACCGGGGGAUCCGCGGGGUCUGUCGGCUGCCCGUGCCCGCUGACAGCGGCCUCCCUUCUUCUCACGGCGGAAUGAGGCUCGAGUGCGGUCAGUGAGCUGGACUGGCAGGCAGUAUGCUUCUCUGGGUCGGCUGCCCCUGGCUGCGUGUCCGCUGUGUGUCUGUGUGAGGACAGGUCCCAGGUAACGACAGAAUCUUUCACCGACGCCGCAGACUCAGGUGAACCCCUGCCUGCCCCCCCAGUCCCCGCCUCCCCAAACCCCAGCCAAUCAAAUGCACCCGGACAAUAAACUAACCAAUCAUGGCAAGCAAGUGAACAGCACUGCCCAAUCCCAGCUCCAGAAUGUAAUCCAGCAGCCGGGCUCCGCCUGCAGCCUGGGGUCAAAGGGCGUGGGGGCGGGGAGCCAUGCUGCCAAGGCCAAUCAGAUCUCCCCGGGCAGCUCUGGGCUGAAGAGCGCAGUGCAGGCAGGCGUGGCCCUGGGGGGGCCCACGAAGGGCAAGGCCAAGCGGGAGAGGAGCGUGUCGGCGGACUCCGGGGAGCAGCGGGACGCCCUCACUCCCGCCCUCGAACCAGACGCCAAAGAGGGCGUGCUGCGCACCAAGCGCCGCUGUGUUCUGGAGAAGAAGCAGCCAUACAGCGGGGACGAGUGGUGCUCGGGGGCUGACAGUGACGACGACGACAAGCCGCCUGCUGCCGCCCACCGGGAGCGCUCACUGGCAGGCCCCGCCCAGCCCCGCCCCGGCCCCUCCCCCCUGGGCCCCCUCAGUGAAUCCGGCUCCUCCUCAGCUGGGCACGGCCUGGGGGCGGGGCUGCACCCCGAGCUGGGCUCCGCCCCCAAGCCCCUGCAGCAGGUGGUGUACGUCUUCACAACCAGCCUGGCCAACAGUGCGGCAGAGGCAGUGGUCCACGGCCACGCAGACUCCAUCCUCGUCUUUCACCAGCAGAACGUCCCGCGGACCAAACUGGACCAGGUCAGUGAGGGGAGUCCUUACAACAGUUGCACAGGUGAAAGGGGACCUCUUGAGCUCCUCUUUGAGGUACUAAAUAUCUUCCUGUGUCCCUCGCUCUCAGUAAAACACAGACUCGGAGUUCCACACCUUUCGUCCUCUGCCAACCGGUCAGGUGACCGAGGUGGCACGCCCCCCACAGCAUUCUGGGACAUGUACCCCGGCCGCAGGUACGAGGAGCCGCUGCCGGGCCUGGACGAGGGGCUGCUGCUGGGGCCGGACGGGCUGAGCCCCGAGCAGGCGGCCUGGCGCAGGCUGCAGGAGGAGUACUUCCAGGAGAAGCGCCGGCAGCAGGACGUGCCCCCCCACGGCCACGGCCACGCCCACCCCAGGAUGAUGCCGGAGGCCGGGCUCGUCACGCGGGGCCCCCCCCCGCCCUACCACAGCAAGCCCGGGGAGCCUCAGUGGCCCGGGCCGGGGGCCGGGGGCCAGGGGCGGCUGAUGGAGGGGCCCCAGGAUGGGCCCCGGGGGCAGCGCUUCCUGGGGUCCAUGCAGAGGGGCCCCCCCGGCGCGUACCCCGGCGCGGUGCUGCCCAUGGACAGCGUGGGGCUUCAGAGGCCCCCCCGGCCGGGCUGGCUGGAGGAUGCGCCCCCCAGCAUGGGCUCGGGGCUGCCUUUCCAGGGGUGCUACCCUGCCCCGGGGCCCCCCCAGCACCUGGCUGGGGACCCCGAGCGCCUGCUGCUGGAGAAGAGGCCGGAGAGGGUGGGCAAGCAGGCCCCGGUGGGAGGUGGGGGGGGGUACCCGCGGGGCGACCCCAUGGAGUUUGCGGGCUCCCGAGCCCUGCUGGGGUCCCCCGGCGGGGGGCCUGCGGGGGACAUGGCGGGCUCCCCGCUGGGCGGCGGGCUGAGCAUGAGCAUGAACGUCAACAUGAGCCUGAGCCUGCAGUCGGGCGGGCAGCAGCCGGCGGCCCCCAAGCUGAUGCUGGGGCCUGAGGAGGUGUCCCGGCUCCGGGCCGCCCAGAACGGGCCGGGGGGCGGGGGCAAGGCCCUGCCCUACCCUGGCCAGGGGCCCUUCUCCGGGUACCUCCCCCAGGACGCGGGCCCCGACCUGUUUGGCCCUGAACAGGGCGUCUCUCCCCUGGGCGGGACGUCCCGGCUCAGCCACCUGCCCCUGAACCCGGCCGGCAGGGGCCCCGGCCUCGGGCCCCGCCGGCCUUCCGACCUCUCCGUCAGCAUGAACCCCAUGGGGUCCCCCAGCCUGGCGCCACCCCACCACCUCAAGUCCCCCUCCGUCAGCCAGGCGCCCUCCCCAUCCGCCCCGGGCCUGAAGUCGCCCCAGCUCGCCGGCCCCCCGCCCCCGCCCCCGACGACGCCGAGCGCCGGGACGCCCUCCCUGAAGUCACCGCAGGUGGUGGGCCCCUCCUCUCUGGGGGUGCUCUCUCCUUCGGGGUCCCCCGGGCGCCUGAAAUCACCAUCUGUGCCCGUGGCGUCCCCCAGCUGGGCCGCCUCCCCGAAGACCACCCUGCCCAGCCCAGGAGGGCCGCCGGGAGGCAAGGCCGGGGGCAGCGGCGUGGACACAGGCCCCCCCCUGCCUCCACGGAGCUCCAACUCCACUCCCCUCAGCCAGCCGGGCUCCAUCAACCCCAGCAUGCCUUUCACCUCCUCCCCGGACGCCCCGCCUUCUCAGAACCCCCUGUCCCUCAUCAUGUCGCAGAUGUCCAAGUACGCCAUGCCCAGCAACACGCCCCUCUACCACGACGCCAUCAAGACCAUCGCCACCUCCGAUGACGAGAUGAUGCCGGAUCGCCCCCUGCUGGCCGCUGUCAGCAUGGCAGACAGCCCUACAGGCAGUCAGUCGGGACAUCCAUUUCGACCGAGAGAAAAGAGGGGAGGUGUGGGGAACCACCAGCCCUCCCAGAUGCACCUUGGCUCCCAGAGUCCCAUGGGCGCGGUCCUGCCGGGCCAGCCCCCGCUGUCCCACGACCCCGCGGGGUCCCUGCUGCACCCCCCCAGCCCCAUGAGCGUGCCGGGCGGCGGGGCUCCCUGCAGCGUGUCCCCCAUGCUGCCGCACAACCAGCUGGCCGGGUACCCGCGCCUGCAGGCCCCGCCGUACCCGCCGGCGCCCGCGCCCGAGGACGCCCUGGCCCAUCACCACCAGCUGCACCUGCUGGGCAAGGGCCUGGGGCACGCGCCCGCCCCCCUGGGCGAGGGCCCAGACCUGAGCGAGGUGAUCCGGCCCUCGGCCACCGGCAUCCCGGAGUUCGACCUGUCGCGCAUCAUCCCCGCGGACAAGCCCAGCGGCACCCUGCAGUACUUCCCCCGGGCCGAGCCGUCCAACCCCCACCUGGCCAGCCUGCAGAGCAUGAUGGCCGAGCAGCCGCUGCCGCCCCACGCCCACGCCGGGCUGCGGGCCCGGGCCGGCAUGUGCGCCCCGCCGGGGCACCUGAUGGGCAGGACAGCCAUGGGGCCGCCCCCCGGCGCCCAGCAGCAGCUGCACCACGGCCCCCACCCCGCCGUGCUGCCCCCCCAGCAGCACCAGCACGGCCUGAUGGUGAUGCAGCCCAAGCAGCGCGGCGCACCCCUGCCUGCCGACCUCUACGCCCAGCAGGGGCCCCUGAUGGGACCCCCGCACCCCCAGGCGGGCCUGCUGGGCCCUCAGAGCCUGCGGCAGCGGGGCAUGUCGCUGGACAGCCCCCUGGGGUACGGCCCCAGCAGCAUGGCCAACCUGCCCUUCUGAGCCGCCCUUCAUCGCGCUCGUCUUCGUACUGCCGGCGCCACGAGUCCUCUCGGCAGCGCUGUUGUCAUCACGGAGAAUCUCUCUUUAAUUUUUGAAUAAAAAGCUUUUUUAAAAAAAAAACCAACAACAAGCAUUUCAGAAUUAGGGCCACCUCCUCUGGGCUUGAAGAUCUGAGCAGUUCCGGCUGUCUGAGAGAGACCAGAGGAGAACACCUGAGUUAAAUGAUUGUGACGGUUUCUUUUUAUAGUUGUAAAAUAUGUAUAUUUCACAGAUCCAUAGGGGCAGAGAAGGGAAGUCGAUCAAAUUUGUUUUUCUUCUUUUUUUUCUGGCUACCAAACUGUUGUGCAAGGGAUUUUGUAUAUAUAUGCAACCUGUUAUCCUAGAUUCAGGCAUUUCAAGGUUAAUUGUCAAGGUUGAGACCUCACUCUGGGAUUUCGUGUUUUUGCAAAUAUUAUGACCUAAUGAGGCUGGAUCUGUGAAAGCAGUACAGGUGAAGCUGGGUGUGGUUUGUUUGGGGCUCUGCGGCAAGAUUCAUCAGCUAAUCCUGAGAUUGGUCUUCGAAGAGCCUGUCUGGGGGAGACCAGGUCAUGCAUAUAUUGAUAAAAAUAUAUAUAUAUUAUAAAUAUGAAAUAGGAGCUGUAAAUAAGAUGCAAUUUGUGAUUGUUUUCAACUGUUCUGUAUAACUGUGUUUUAAUAGAAGCCUUGAGGUGAAAAAGAAAAAAAAAUCUGUCAAAAUAAGACCCAAAUGCAGUCUGUGCUCUUUUCAUUUGAGCUUGCUCGAGGGGAGGCAGGAGAAUGGGGGAGCACGCUGACCCCUGUGGGGAGGGGGCAGUCACUGCAGCCCGGCCUCACGAUGUGGAGUGGCGCCUGCACACAGCCCCUGCUCCUGAAGAGCUCUGCAGUAUCGCCUGCUUCCUGGGUUAUUGGUCUCGUCAGACAUACAUUUUUUGGCCUGUUAGCCCCCUGCUCUAGUAGAUUCCAUAAAUCCUGUGGAAUCUGGGCUCUCCUGGAUCACCUCAGAGCCCUGGAGCACCGAUUCCUAGCUCUGGUCCUCAGAGACCGAAAUGCAGCUGGGUGUCUUGACUUCUAACCAGCUGAUUGUCCAGCUGACGUGAAGUCGGUUUGAUUGACAUUCAACCUGACUGGUUUCUGCCUCCUGCACAGCCUGAAGCUGAUGAUGAUGAGUGAGAG